AUGGCAGCUCCAUCUCGAAGUUCCAUAGAGAACGAAAUAGUCGGAGUUCCAACGGUCCAUUGCGAAGACUCCUCUGUUGGCUUGACAUUCAAAACGAAGAAGCCCUUCUCUGGGCGAGUAUACGUGCACGGAAUGGCUGGUGAUGAGAAGUGCAGCAGGUCUUUAGUUGAGAACCGAAAUCAGACCAGGCUCUCAAUUAAUUUCCAAAAUGGUGACUGCACUAUGCAACGACACCGAGUUUCUGGAGAAAUUCAGGGAUUGAUGUCAUCGAUAUUGGUGGUCGUGUCAUUUCAUGGGACAUUUGUUACAAAUGCCGACCGUGCCUACAAGUGUAUCUGCUUUUUCCGAAGUCAAAAAACCUUAACAAACUCAAUAGGUACGUGA